AUGACAGGAACGCUUGCCCAGCCCCUCGACGCUGAGACAAAAGGCAGGAUUGGUAGGGCAUUUUUCGGCGAGACGUUCGAGAUGAAAGGAGGUCUGGAGGCAUUUCAAGACUACUUUGAUUUUUAUGAAAAUGAGCUUUCGUGGCUGAAGGCCAGCUUACCACCAGGGGCCGAUCAAAUACCAGGGAUAAUUCCUCAGACGCAUGAUGAGUUGCUCACCUUCGCUCUGAUGCUUGGCGACAACGCACAUCGUGAUAGGCGCGAGGCACGUGCAAUGUUGAAGUCACAAAUGGAUCUCCUUAAUGUAAAUGAUUGGGAGCUCGACCGAUCAAUUGAUACAACGUUGAGAUUAUGGCUCCAAAUCAACGUGCGAGAGGCUGGAUCUGGCACAUCUAUUCCGGAAGUUCACUGGGAGGAUGACCAGAGUCUCGAGCACUUCCUAGGAAGUCUGUUCCCGGUGGAGGAGUGGGAUCUGGGUGCGAGAGAGCGACGACUGAAUCCCCAGUUUACUGUUGCAAAUAUGGUUGAGAUCUGUGACCUCAAGAUCAGUUGGACAACCAGCCUCGAGGAUCACCUGCGCCUCGAACGUUGGGAUAAGCAAAAGGUCCUAUGGAUUUUCCCCCAUAAGAGAACACUUUGUGCAUUGCUAGCGGAGGCCGGCUCUCCUUCGGGCCGAAAGUGCCCAAUACCUCUGAGUGUCAUCAGAGAAACGAUUCAGACUUUGGACCUCUUGUUCCCGUUCUGGGAUCAGCACACCAAAGCCUUCCUGAAACGAGAGGGACAAACAUUCCACGAGAUUAUUGCAGCCCCCCAGCAUGGCCGGAGAAUGCAUCUUCUUGAUUUCCCACAUUGGAAGGUUCGUUUACUCGACGUGUAUGAGGAGAUCUACCAGUCGCCGCCCGUGAGCAUAACCCAAUUAUGGAGAGACCGACGAAAUCCUCAACUGUGGUCAACUUUCUGGACAGCUGUGGUCAUCCUGCUUCUCACAUUACUGUGUACUGUUUUCGCCGUCAUAUCGACAAUUGCAAGCUCUUUACAGGCGUGGCUAGCGUGGAAAGCAUGGCAAGCGCAACUCAAUUCAUCAGUUUGA